GGAAAGAUUAAUCACAUAUCUGAAUAUGAAGGUUAUGCAAAAUGUCCCCUUUAAAACAACUGAGGUCUGUAAUUCAGAAAGCUCUUGAGCUGCGGCCCCUCCCCGUGACGUCAUCCCACGCCCCUUCUCCUAGCAAGCCUGCCACUGUGAAAGGUAUAGAGCCGACGGGUCUCUGUACAGCUCAGUAUUGUUCAUCGUUUGCCUGCGCAGGGAAGUGGAACUUACCGGCACCGAGAUGGAAAGCCAAGAAGCGGACUUUAACAUCCUUCUGGCGACUGAUUCAUACAAGGUUACACAUUACAAGCAGUACCCACCAAAUACCAGCAGAGUAUACUCUUACUUUGAGUGUCGGGAAAAGAAGACCGAAAACUCAAGAAUAAGGAAGGUCAAAUAUGAAGAAACUGUCUUCUAUGGUUUGCAGUAUACUCUGAAGAAAUAUCUGGAAGGCAAAGUAGUGACCAAAGAGAAAAUUCAGGAAGCCAAAGAAGUGUAUCGAGAACACUUUCAGGAUGAUGUAUUUAAUGAGAAGGGAUGGAACUACAUUCUAGAGAAAUAUGAUGGCCAUCUCCCUAUUGAAAUCAAGGCUGUUCCGGAAGGCAGUGUGAUUCCAAGGGGAAAUGUACUUUUUACAGUGGAAAAUACAGAUCCUGAAUGCUACUGGCUAACCAAUUGGAUUGAGACCAUUUUGGUGCAAACAUGGUACCCGAUUACUGUGGCAACAAAUUCAAGAGAACAGAAGAAGAUCUUGGCAGAAUACUUGUUUGAAACCUCUGGUAGUUUAACGGGUUUGGAGUACAAAUUGCAUGAUUUUGGCUACAGAGGAGUUUCUUCACAAGAGACUGCAGGAAUUGGUGCCUCUGCCCACCUUGUGAACUUUAAAGGAACGGAUACUGUUGCAGGAAUUGCAUUGAUAAAACGCUACUAUGGAACAAAGGAUCCAGUCCCAGGAUUUUCAGUACCAGCUGCUGAACAUAGUACAAUAACAGCAUGGGGAAAAGACCGUGAAAGAGACGCUUUUGAACAUAUUGUAACACAGUUUUCUAAUGUACCCGUCUCUGUGGUCAGCGACAGCUAUGAUAUUUACAAUGCAUGUGAGAAAAUCUGGGGGGAAGAUUUAAGAAGUUUAAUUGAAUCAAGAAGUGCCAAGGCACCACUAAUAAUCCGACCAGAUUCUGGAGAUCCUCUUGACACUGUAUUAAAGGUCCUAGACAUUUUAGGAAGGAAGUUCCCAUUGGAGGAAAACUCAAGAGGCUAUAAAGUUUUGCCCCCUUACAUUCGAGUUAUCCAAGGUGAUGGUGUGGAUAUUAAUACUCUUCAAGAGAUUGUAGAAGGAAUGAAACGGCACAAAUGGAGCAUUGAAAAUAUUUCAUUUGGAUCUGGAGGAGCACUGCUACAGAAGCUGACUAGAGACCUUUUGAACUGCUCAUUUAAAUGCAGUUAUGUUGUGACUAAUGGAUUAGGGGUAAAUGUGUUUAAGGACCCAGUCGCUGAUCCAAAUAAAAGGUCAAAGAAAGGAAGGCUAUCUUUGCACAGCACACGAAACAAUGAAUAUGUGACUCUUGAAGAAGGAAAGGGAGAUCUGGAGGAAUAUGGACCAGAUCUCCUUCGCACAGUCUUUCAGAAUGGCAAAAUCAUUACCUGUUAUUCAUUUGAUGACGUGAGAAGAAAUGCUGGCCUAAAAAACACAGAGUUUGAAGAAGAGAUUCAGUAGAUUUUACUUCAUGUUAACUAUUGGUGGAUUCUCUGUACAAAUGUGUGUGAAUUUAUAUGUUGCCAUGUUUAUAUAUUGAUUUCUGGACAAAAUACCAGUUUGCCAAUGUUUUUAUAUGCAGUACACAGAUGACCUUGUUAUGAAUGUCUGUCUGAUUCUUAGAGACAUUAUUGGAGUUGAUGUCACAGGAGACCUAAAUCCUCAUGGUUGCACUCUUUAACUUGCAUUUUAUUUUUUAAUAAAGACCAAAAUUUAUAGCAUUUUUAACUUCUUUUUUUUCCUCACACAUUUUUCAUUAAACAAAAAAAACUAUACGGGAUUAUCAAUGUUGGACAUUGUAAACCAAUUGUAAACAGUGACAGUGUCUUGGUACAAAACCUACUUCCUAACUAAUUAACAGACUCAAGAAUGGAUUCAAAAUUGACCAUCCAAUAAUGCUAUAAUGCUACAGUUCUCUCCAGGCCCUUUUUCCCCCCACCACCUGGUUUCCCUCCUAAGCCAUAUUAAAAUUCUUCAUUGAGAAGCUGGUAGGACUUUGCACUAUAUUUGCAGAAGCACUCAGUCAUGUUAGCUUCUGCAAAAAUUGUUCUAAUAGAGCAUAAUCUGCAAUGGAGGCAUGCAAGUACUUAUUUAUUUUUCCCCACCAGCUAAAAUAUUGUGUUUUUGAAUUUUUAAGGGGAGAACACUGGCUAAUCACAAAUGCCUGUAGCCAAAUUUGUCUGUUUAGUCUACAUGGAUGAAUUACUAGCAUUUUGGACCGGUGUCUCUAAGAUUGCCUUAGUUUGUUUAAUACACAUGCACAAAAAGAUUGAUAUGUCUGGUGAGGUGGGCCAGAUCAGGCUGCUCCAAUUGUAUGAGCAAUCGGAACAGGAGCCUGUUCAGAUAUGUCGGGAAAUAGCUGUAAUUUAGUCCUUGACAUAGGGGAUUUUGUAAACAUACCUGAUUAUUAAUUGGCUGGAUAUAAUUUGGGCAGUAUAACUGUUUAGCCUCAUAAAAUACCGUCACAGAUGUGUUACAAAAUGAAUCCUAAUUCUUAAAAAAAAUCUGAUUUUGUUCUAGCCUAUAAUAUUCGCUCGCAAAAAGCUUUUUUAGCUAUAUUUUGCUUUUCUUAUAAUUACACGUUUUUUUCUAAGAUACAUUUUUCUAAUUAAAAGACUCGGCAUUAAAACAUUAAUGUUAAAGACUGCACUUAUGGAAAAAAAUCUACCAUAUUCUUUAGAAUUCAGGCAGAUUAUUCUUAUUUAUAACUUCCUUUUAAUUUGUUUUACACAUUUUCUCCUUGAAAAAAAAAAAAAGCUGGUUAAGCACAACCAGGUAGUCCAAACCUUAUUUAGAAAUUUACAGCACUUACCUAGUCCUCGUAUUAGAAAAUUCAUUAAUGCGACCAUUUAUACAAAUAAUAUAGUGCUAAUAGUUAUUUAUACAAUUUAUAUGGGGGAUCUAUAAGUUGAAUUAAAUGAGCUGUCGCUUACAUGCAGAGGAAGGCCUAGCUAUUGGUCCCCGCAGCAACAUCAUUGGACCCGUAAAUAAUAGGAACAAGAUAUUUUCCAUAAAUAUAUAUUGCAGUUGCUUAUCAAAGUCCCAUUGGGUUACCUAUAGUUCCUACGAACACACACACACACACAUUUAUUGGCUUUUAAUUGUAUUUCAAUUGUAUUUCAAAAAGCCAUAAAGCACCAAAAGGUUUGUGCCACUUAAUAUUAUCCUGUGGUCCCUUAUUCAGCUUUUCAUCAUCUGUUAUAUGACUGUUAACAUUGGAGGGAAUUUUCAAGCUUUUAAUCUUUAGAAUAAAACUGAAUAAUGCCUUGGUAAACCGGAAAAUUGCUCCAAUACAUUUAUAUACUUCAAUGAUUGCCUUCAAUAAUGUACUAUAAUAUAUGUAACACUAUUGCAAAGCUGUACUAAGCCUGUUUCGAUGAAAGACAUCAAAAGUUCCUGAAUUUUUAAAGAAAACCCUUUAAAGAAAUAAUGUUAUAAAGAAAUAAUUAAGAGCAAUAUGCUGUACAUAAUAAUGUGCAUAGUUUUGACAUGUAUGUGAAGAUUAGGAGUAAAAAUGUUUAAAUAGGGAAAUAUCCAUAAUUUGUUUUAAUCCGACCCAAGUAUCUUGCUGCUACCCUGGCUUGAGAGAGAAAUACUGCUUUUAAUGAUUGUUGUGAAAGUCCUGGAUGACCUGAUUACUGUAUGUCAUAUGAUGGUCACAUGAUGCUUAUAAACUGGGAAUAUGUGAAGGGGAAUAUGCUGAUACAAACAUAGCUGCGGAUUUACACAAAAACAAAAUUUCAGAAAUUGUUCUGCACUAUACUGAAUUCAGUUACAUUUACCCAUUUUAAAGAAUGCAACACCGUUUGUUUUAGCCACUCUUUCUCCAAUAAAGAACACUUUCCUGUGCCCUGAACUUUAACAACAUAGGCACAUUUAAUAUUCAAAUCAUUUAUACAGGGAAUGUCUGCAGCUCUCCGGCUGUUUCUGAGCUAUAGCUUCCGCCAUCCACUGAUAACAUUUGGCUAGUGCUGGGUCCUGGGACUAGAGCAUCAUUUGUGUGAUCAGUUGUGUAUUUUAUCUAGUUUUCAUGCAAUAUAGGAUUUAGGUUUACUUAUAUUUUUACACUGUAGAACGUAGUUUGUUAGUCAUGACUGUCAUACUUUUAAAUAACAGAGUGUACAUUUGGGUAUUUUGUUAUGGAUUCAAACUGCCAUUAGUAUGUAAAAAUCUAACGACUAAAGUUUCCUUCCUAAUAUUUUUGUAUGUUAGCCUAUAAAAAGUUGAUAGAAAUGCCCUGUUUUCACUGUAUAACUUUUAUGUACUAUAAUUUAAAUGAGUGUCUUGUUAAGAUAUCAUAGUGGGCACAUACUAAAGGAUAUAUAUGCAUACACACUGUAUUUAAUAUGGGAAUAGAAUUUCUUUCCUUAAGCAUGCAUAUCUGUCUAUGCCUUCAGUUACACACCCGCCAGCUCUAGAGUGACACAGAAAUACAACUCCCAUUAGCUUAUUGCAUGUAAUGGCAUUGUCUUUCAGCAAUCCCCCCCCCCCCCAUUUGACAUUCUGCAUCAAGCCUUGAUUCUAGACUCAUUCUGACUGGCCUGUAUAUUUGCAUUUUAUGUCCCUAAAAUCAUCUAAUUUGCAAAAUACUUAUGUUCUCUUUUACCUGCCAGCAGCUUCAUGUGUAUAGAAGGGGGCAUAACCAUAUUUGCCGUUCUGCAAAGAGUACACUAGGGGGCCUAUUUAUGGUUGCUCAAGUAUUCGGCUAGACUAGAGCAAUCGUGAGUUUCAGUACUCCCAAUGGGUUUUGACCUGAAAAAACUAAUCCUAAAUAGGCCCCUUGGUCUUGAAAUGAAAACAACCAAUCUAAAAGUCUCUUUUAUUGGUCACCUGUUUAAUGGGGCAGAUGUAAUUGUUUGCUGUGGAUUAGGAUUAAUCUUGGUGUUAUCUUAAUUCUGUUAAUAUUCGAGAAUAUAUAUAUAUAUAUAUAUAUAUAUAUAUACGUACGUAUAUAUGUACAUCUGUUGAUGUGACAGAAAACAUUCAUAUCAUGGCACCAAACAUUUAGCAAUACUUCCCCCUCCUCCUUACCUGCACCUAACUUUACCUGCAGAACAUUUUUGGUCUUUUCUUUAUGUUGUAGUACAAUCAUGGUGUAGCCAACACAUUUGGAAUACCUUUGACCUACGAUGUUCAUGUAUGUCGCCAUUUAAACAUAUCUGUGAACUUUGUAUGGUUUCCAAAAUGUUUUAUUUUAUACCUGUAUAUACAUAUUCCCCGCACUGAUAUCGCGUUUAAUGGCUUUUGUGAUAUCUAGCAUUGGAAAGAAAUGUGCCCUGUUCCUAUUUAAGAUCUUAACUUACCCAGUUAACAUUCCUUACGUUGUGGAAUGGGAUAAUUUAAUACUUCUAUAUUGUUUUUUCAUCUCAGUUUAUUGUCUCUGAUGAAGCAGACCUGUUUUAAUUAUGAAAAUAUAAUAAAACCAUGCCUACAAAUUGUCA